AUGGAUAAAACUUCGAGAAAAAAAUUGUUGGACCACCCUAGUGGAGACACGCAAGACGGCGGUGACUGCUAUCUGCAUCAGAAUUGGACAGUAACUAAGUUACAGAAAAGUUACGUUAUUUGUAACUCUUUAGGAUGGUGGCCAUGGUGGUUGCUGCUUCCAGGCUGCCUUGCAUCCUGGACAAAAUUCAUCAAGCAAUACGAUUCCAUGAGGAUCGGAAGGUGCAUGACAAUAUGUGGCGAAAAUUAUUGGGACAAUUGUAUUCAAGCCUGCCUAGAAUCAAACUACACUAAAUCAGGUCACUGUCCUGGAAAAAAAAAAAUGACGAUUUUUGAAGCUGCUUGUCUGCGAGCCUGCGAAGAAGAUUUUGAGUGUCCCAGCCUAGCUAAAUGUUGCGAAAACGAAUGUGGAAUCAACUGUAUGUACCCUACUGGUUUGGAAAAAUGGGCUGGUCUUCCAGCGAUACCAUCAAAUGUGCGAAUUCGACAGCGAGAAACCAAUUUGAUUAUUCUCAGUUGGAACGAGCCAGGACGUCCGAUAAACGAUUUUUUUGGAAGGAAUCGUGUCUCGUACGUCAUAGAAGAACGUUAUGUUCUGGGCCCAUGGUAUCUCGAGCAUCGACUGACCUCCUGGGCCUUACGCAAUGUUUCAACUAAGCCCCAUGCCACCCUCGAGGGUAGAUUCAAAAGGGGCCAUUGGUAUCAAUUUCGCGUGGCUGCGAUCAACGAACAUGGAUCUCGAGGCUACUCCCAACCAUCCCGGCCUCUCAUGACAAAAGGACUGCGAAAACCAAAAGAACCGCGGAACUUUACAUUGGUAGGCGCACGCGUUGUACAUGGCAAAUUGCGUUUACAACUUCGAUGGCAUCAACCUUUCUCAGAUGCACCCAUUCAAUCUUAUAAAGUCUACUGGAGCAGAUUAGUCCAGGGUUCCACUAAUACCACCGCCCUUGUUCAUCAUCGCACUUUACCACAAGAUAAAAUCUGUCAUGAAGUGAAAGGCUUGGAUUUAGACAGUCAGUACAUUCUCCAGGUACAAGCAAUCGCAGUUUAUGGAAGUCGUCGAUUGGCUUCCCUAAAAUCCUCGAGAGUUUUCAACAGCACGAAUUACAUGAAAUUUGGUAAGGAUGGUCUUCGAGUUCGCAAAAUGAAGUGCCUUUGUGGUGAGAUUAAAGCAUAUUUAGCUUGGACUCCAGUUAAAGCAGCGAGCCACUAUAACAUCACUUGGGGGGAACUUACGUGCAAAAGAACAGUACAGGUUCCAGGAAUUUUUCACUAUCGUCCCAGGAUCGUUUCUGAAAUUACAAAGGAAACACACUAUGAGAUUCCAAAUUUAAGGCCAGGUUGCACUUAUAACAUCAAUAUUCAGAGUAUUUUCGAGAUGAAACGAGGACAAGAGCAUGCAGCCAGAAUUGAAUUAUUCGCAAGUGGAUGUCAUCAACGUCGACGAAAUGGGAAUUUGCAAAAUCAAGUGCAGGACACUCACUCUCGAUGCAAAAUUAAAUCACCUAAUAUAAGAAGAUCAUGUCAAGAGAUUUUAUUAUGUAGAAUAUCAGAAUGUGUGAAAUUCCAUCCAAAAUUUACAGACGUCUUGAUUAUCUUCGUCUUUUAUGUAAAUACCGUAAAAUGGGUCUUAACGAUUUACUCUUUAGGGUUUUGGCAAUAA